GCCAUGCUUACAUCCCCCGCCUACAAACACGUGUUAUAUGCAAGUAUGGUGGACAGCAAAGUGAUCGUUUUGCCAGGAGAUGCAAUUCCUCUGGCGGUGGGUAAUGACAUCAAACUAGGGCCUGGUACAUACUCUGGAGGAGGGAGAGAGGAGGGAAGCUCCGUGUUCGUUAAACCAGGAAUACUGAGACGGAAGGACAGGGACGGUAGCUCUUCCUUUUGGGUCAAUACACAACACAAGAGGUAUGUUCCCAGUGAAGGCGAGAAAGUGAUUGGCGUCGUCUUAAGAACUGGGCGUGUCUAUCGUGUUGAUAUCGGAGCCAGUCAGAAUGCCUCUCUGCCUGAACUAGCAUUUGAAGGAGCAACGAAACGUAACAAGCCAAUCGUUCAGGUUGGUGAUUUGGUGUUUGGUUCUCUGUGUCAGGCUGAUCCUGAUUUUGAGCCUGAGAUGACGUGUGUUGAUUCCAGUGGACGGGCUAGUGGGAUGGGUCUCUUAAAGAAACCUGGAUGCGUUAUUUCCUGUACUUUAUCUCUCUGUCGUCGAUUACUAUCAAAACAAUGUGCAGUCAUGGAAGAAUUACAAAAACACUACAAGUUUGAGUGUGUUGUCGGCCUCAAUGGACGAGUGUGGUUAUCAGCCCCAACACUGAUGCAAACUAUAAUAAUAAGAAACUGUAUCAAAUCAAGUGAAUUUAUGAGUGAGGACUCCAUCAAAGAGAUGGUUCGUCAAGCAGUAUUGACAUGAUAUUUACAAUAAUGACAAGCAUAAUGUUAUUUUUUUGAAGCAAUAUUGUUUUAUUUUAUACAAUAAAUCUUUCCUCUGUGGCCACCACUGAAA